AUGGCUGGACGGGCGUAUGUGCCUCUGGAUCCCUCCCUGCCACGUGGCAAGCUGGAGGAGAUUGUGGAGGAGUCCGGGAUCAUGCUCGUGCUCACGUCGCGCCAUCUGGCGGACGCGCUGACGUGGAUGACACCACGCUCGCCACGUGGCGCGGCCGCCAUGUCAGCGUCAAGCCCGCGAGCGGCCAAUCAGGGAGGGCCAGAGGAGGUAGCUUCUGCUGGUUCUGGUGGCGGGGGGCAACUGGGCCUGGAUGAAGGGUCGGAGGAUAGUGAUGGGGAGGAGGAGGGGCAGGCAGGCUUGGGGGAGAGGCUGCUGCGCCUGGCACCCUUCCCUUCAGCCGCCGCUGCUGGUCCUGGUAGCGCUGCUGCUGGUGGUGCUGCUGCUGCUCCUGGUGCUGGUUCUGCGGGUGGGGCAAGUGAAGGGGAUGGGGCGGGCGGAGUGGUGGGGGUGCCGCUGUCAGAGGCGCAGGUGCUGCUGUGGGUGGCGUACCAUGCUCUGCCACACCCGCAGCUGCUGGUGCCAUGUGUGGCGCCUGCAGGUGCUGCUGUGGGUGACGUACCAUGCUCUGCCACACCCGCAGCUGCUGGACGAGUGCCAUGUGUGGCGCCUGCAGGUGAGACGGGUGCCAGGGCCCAGUCAACUUCCCUCGGCUGCAGCGGUCCCUACAAGCACUGGUGGUGCGCCAUGCAGCCCUGCGCUCCCGCUUCGUUGCUUGGCACACCAGCAAGCACAAGCAGUCGGGGAGAGGUGGCGCUGGUGGUGGCGGCAGCAGGGGCAGCAGCAGCAGCAGCAGCAGUAACAGCGGUUUACAAGGCGGGCGGCUCGGCAACCGACCUCCCCGCAGUCUCCAGCUACGCGGAUUUCGUCUUGUGGGAAAAGGACAAUUUGGCGUGUGCUGGGCACAGGGAAUGGGACCUGGGGUUCUGGAAGCAAGCGGUGGGUGUACCUCCCCCAAAGAUACCUCCCCAGCUGCAACCCAAGGUAGACGAAAGCGGGAGCGAACGAGGAGCGAGAACGGGCAGAGGCGGGCGAGCAGGAGUAGCAGCAGCAGGAGCAGGAGCAGGAGGAGGAGGAGGUGGAAAAGGAGGAGGAGCAGCAGCGGCGGCGGCGGCAGCGGUGGCGGCAGGGGGGCUGGCCUUGGCGCUGCGCAAGGGACAUAUGGAGGUAUUGAUAGCAGCGAGCACCAGGAGGCGGCUCGAAACCUACGCCUUCCACCGCGGUGCCACUCUCUCCAUGGCCCUCCAAACCGUUCUGCACGCCUUGCUACACCUCUGGACCCACCAGCACUCCGUCGCGAUCGCCGUCCCGGUCGCUAGGAGACAAAUCCUGCCGCUCCAGUCGGUGAUCGGGCGGUUUUCGGAUGUGCUCCCAGUGGUGACGGAUAUGAGGAAGCAUCUGAGCCCUCCGUUGGUCGUGGCUGGGCGGCUGAGAUCGUUCACUUCGUCAAUCAGCCGUGCCUCCUCGUGUGUGUCGUCCCGAUGCGUCUCCCCCUCUACUUCCCGCCAGUAUUCCGCGCUCUCCCCUCGCCUCUCUGCUUCCACUGGUGCUGCUGCUGCUGGAGGAGUUGUAGGGCCAGUUGCUUACGCCCAGGAAUGCAUGGGAGGAAAGGGGAGGGAAGGAGGGGAGGAGGAGGAGGGGGAGGAGGGGGAGGAGGAGGAGGAGGAGGAGGAGGAGGAGGAGGAGGAGGAGGAGGAGGAGGAGGAGGAGGAGGAGGAGGAGGAGGAGGAGGAGGUGGGGCAGGAGGGGGAGCAGGGCGAAAGCUGUGUCUUCCUAGCGAGGCAAAUCGCGGCUGCUGAUGCUGAUGGGACGAAGCAGGGGCAGCAGGGGCAGGAGUUUGUUGAGGGAAGUGGGGGUGGGGGAGUUGGCACUGACGUGCUUUCACUUGCUGCGGCUGCUGUUGCCGCAGGGAAGGGGGGGAGGCGUGGGGAGGGGAGCCGGCCUGGUGGAGGGAGUGGGGGGAGUGGGUUGGUGCAAGGGAAGCAGGCGGGAGGGGUGAAUGGGAAAGGGGCGGAGGGGGGGGGAGGAGGGAAGGGGGGGAUGAUGGGAGGAGGGAAGGGAGGGGGGGAGAUGUGCAACGACCAGUGGAUGGCUGAGGGUGUGUCGUUCGAACAGCUGCUAUUCCAAGUGCGAGAGCACACACUGCAGGCGCUGCAGCACCAGUCCAUCUCGCUCCGUCUGCUCGCCUCCGCACUGCAUCCCACCGCUCCGGACCCCUUCACCUCCCCUUUUGCCCUCGCAUCCUUCGCCCUCACACACCCUGGCACCGACUCUCCCCCGAACCUACUCCCCCUAGAGGAUUCUCUAGUAGGGGACCUAGAUCUUGAAGCUUCUGCUGCUUCUGCCACUGCUGGGUUUGGUGCCACUGGUGCUUCUGGUGCUGGUGCUGCUUUCGCUGGUGGUGCUGCUAGUGGUUUUGGUGCGAUUGGUGGGGUGGGUGGAGGGGUGUGUGGUGGGGCCGAGUUUGGAGGGAGUGUGGGCGGCGGCGGGUGGGGCGGCGAAGUGGCGCUGUUCCCCUUGGGAUUGUCGCUGCGGCCGCUGAGAGACGGGCGGCUGGCCGGGCGGCUGACUUACCAGGUGGAUGCAGUGCCGAGGAGCAUGGCAGAGGUGCUAGCGAGGCAGGUAGAGCGGCUGGCAGAGGCAGCAGUGGAGUCCCCCCGGCCCUUGCUGCUGGAUGAACCCACUGUCAGGGCGCUCAAGCAGGCACGGAGGAGAGGGGGCGGGGUGGAUGGGGGGAAAGGGAGUGGCGGAGGGGGUGGGGGUGGGGGAGGGGGGAUGGUGGGGCCGAUUGGAUGCAUGCCGUUGUGUAUAGGCCGCGAUAGGCGGGUGCUAGUGAGGCAAGGGUCAUCGGAUUCGGAUGAGUCUGAUGUGAGCGUUUGA